UGCUCCCUCCUCUUUGUCACCGCGCCACACGCUGGAGAGAUGUGCAGAACAGCCGCCGGUGCCAGUCCUCCACGCAACUGGAGUUUUGUUCACGGGGAGCUCAGUGGAAGGCUCUUUUUUAAUAUUAGAUAGGGUUUUAUUUUUCAUUGUCAGCGUUGCCUACGGAAUUAUGAGACUUGUUCAUUGCUACGGGGGCUCUCGAGAAGUUGUAUGUCUUUAAUGCAUGAUAUUAGUUUAUAGAAGCCUCUACAGAGCGGAUGAGAAUCAUCAUGAAUUUGCCGGUAUCUGUGCUUGUCCUUUCGGCGAUGUGUGCGUUUUGUCUCGGCACCAUCCCUGGUGAGUUUGGCUCUCUGGCUGAGAUGGAGGACCUCCUGUUAAGGAACCUGUUCCAGGGGUACCAGCGCUGGGUCCGGCCCAUCCAGCACGCCAACGACACGGUCACAGUACGCUUUGGACUCAAGAUUUCACAGCUGGUGGACGUGGAUGAGAAGAAUCAGCUGAUGACCACUAAUGUGUGGCUGUGGCAGGAGUGGAUAGAUUAUAAACUGCGAUGGAACCCUGAGGACUAUGGUGGGAUCACAUCGAUCAGAGUUCCAUCUGAGACUAUCUGGUUGCCCGACAUUGUGCUCUAUGAGAAUGCUGACGGGCGGUUCGAGGGCUCCCUGAUGACCAAAGCCAUCGUUAAGUCCAACGGUAGAAUCACGUGGACCCCUCCGGCCAGCUACAAGUCGGCCUGCACUAUGGACGUCACCUUCUUCCCCUUCGACAGACAGAACUGCUCCAUGAAGUUUGGCUCCUGGACCUACGAUGGUAACAUGGUGGACAUGAUCCUGUUAGACGACUAUGUCGACAGGAAGGACUUCUUCGACAACGGCGAGUGGGAGAUCCUGAACGCCACGGGGGCCAGAGGAAACCGGCGAGACGGGCUGUACGCCUUCCCCUUUAUAACGUACUCGUUCAUUCUGAAACGUCUCCCGCUGUUCUAUACACUGUUUCUAAUUAUUCCGUGCCUCGGUCUGUCGUUCCUGACCGUGCUGGUGUUCUAUCUGCCGUCAGAUGAAGGGGAGAAGCUCUCUCUCUCCACCUCCGUCCUUGUGUCUCUCACUGUGUUCCUCCUGGUCAUAGAAGAGAUCAUCCCGUCUUCCUCCAAGGUCAUCCCUCUCAUCGGGGAGUACCUCCUCUUCAUCAUGAUCUUCGUCACCCUCUCCAUCAUCGUCACAGUGUUUGUCAUCAACGUGCACCACCGGUCCUCAGCCACCUACCACCCCAUGUCCCCCUGGGUUCGCUCCCUCUUCCUUCAGAGGCUACCUCGGAUGCUGUGCAUGCGGGGCCACACUGACCGGUACCACUACCCCGAGCUGGCGCCGGAGAGUCCUGAGCUGAAUCCCCGGUCUGGGGGCCGGAGAGGGGGUCAGAGGAGCAGCGGGGCCCAUGGACAGAGUCCUCUGGAGGGGAAGGAAGAUGAGAGUCAAGCCUGGGUCACCAUGCUGGAGAGAGCUACGUACUCCGUGCGUUACAUCAGCUGCCAUAUACGUAAGGAACACUUUAUCAGAGAGGUGGUCCAGGACUGGAAGUUUGUGGCUCAGGUUCUGGACAGGAUCUUCCUGUGGGCCUUCCUCACUGUGUCGGUCCUAGGGACCAUCCUGAUCUUCACCCCUGCCCUGCAGAUAUUCCUUAGCACCCCUCCCCAGUCAGGACCCAGCAACCCCCAUUAACUCAUCACCCCCUCCCCAGUCCAGACCUAGCAUCCCCCUCCAACUCGGCACCCAGUCCAGGCCCAGUCCAGGCCCUCUACCCCUCCUGAAUUCCCCAAACUGAGGCCUGGACACCCGACCAACAACUCAACCCUGAUCCCCAGUCUUGAUCUAUAGCCCCCUCUACCUCCAGUUUCUCCUGAGCUUUUCAGCCAACUGGCCAUAGCAGCACAGCCAACCCCCUAUGGUGGAGCUAUGCCCUGACCUCCCGUGCCACACCUUGAGUCAGAAUUAGCACAUCACCAUGCUAGAGCAGUUCUGCUAUAGAUCCUUUAUCCGUGUUUACAUAUUACAUGGUCUUUAUGACAGAGUUCACUCAAUGUACAGAAGAUGAAUAACAAAGCUAAUUAGAAAGGUGUUCAAAAUUUGUAUCAAAGCCACGAUAGUAUGUACAGUAAUGUAGCAUUCUGAAGCACAAACAUUGACUGAAAUAUUUUUAAUUAGUGUAAAAUGUGCAAUAUAUUCUCUGUGGUUACUGUAGAUACCAACAGCAUACUUAGUUCUUCUGAUUAUACUCCUCAAAACCGUUAUCGUCAGCCCCAAAUAUUGUGAUCUUAGUUAGUGUAAGUUUGUCUGUGAGUGGAAUGGUAGCGGCAUCCAGGCCGCUCUGAUUGGACGAUCAGUGUUCUAUUUGUGGUGAUUCGGGGCGGCAGGUAGACGAGUGGUUAGAGUGAAUCCCCGAGUUGACAAGGUAAAAAUCGGUCGUUCUGCCCCUGAACAAGGCAGUUGACCCACUGUUCCUAGGCCAUCAUUGAAAUAGGAAUUUGUUCAUAACUGACUUGCCUAAUUAAAUAAAAAUAAAUUGUGGAGGGUCCUCAUUCGCUAGGAAUUGUUUGAGUUCUGUUUUUUUGUUCUGGCUGUUGUGACCUUUGACUUUUAUUUCACACUUGUUUGGGCACUCCAUCAACUAGUUAAUUUAAAUGAAUUAUUAUUCAGGUACAAUGACUAUAGUCCCCCCAAAAAUUCCUCUGUCGAUGUCCAGCCACUUUUGUGAUUACUGUUAAGGAGUAUGAUGGGUAACACAGUGAAGCAGACUCUACAAACCAUCGUUCUGAUGUCCUGAUGUACAUCAAAUCAUAAUAAAGAGAUUUUGAAUAU